UUGAUAUGAUUAACUGUUUGGGUGCAAAAACUGAAGCCAGCUCAGAUGGGUGUCAAAGCAAACACAGUGUUCAUCUGUUUUGUCCUCCAUACCUUUCUCUGCAUCCCUGCAGAAGGAAGAAAGCAGUUAUUUAUGAAAGAAGCAAAGAAGAAUGCGCAUUGGAAGAAGUCAGAUUAUGACUAUAUAAUUGUUGGGGGAGGAACAGCAGGGUGUCCUCUUGCUGCCACUCUGUCUCAGAAUAUGUCUGUUCUUCUCUUGGAAAGAGGGGGAUCUCCAUUUGGGAACUCCAAUAUAACUGACAUUCAUAAUUUUUAUGCAAAUUUGCUUGACUAUGAAUCGCCCCACACGCCCACUCAGGAAUUUAUAUCUGAGGAUGGGGUGAUCAAUGCAAGAGCAAGAGUGUUGGGAGGAGGCACCUGCCUCAAUGCAGGAUUUUACACCCGAGCAAGUUCAAGUGAGGUGAGGAGCAUGGGAUUGGAGCCAAGUUUGGUGGAGCAGUCUUAUCAAUGGGUGGAAAGUACAAUAGCUCAUCGACCAGCCCCAAACAAAUGGCAGAAUGCAGUAGCGGAAGCUCUCACGGAGGCAGGGGUUUCUCCUUACAAUGGCUUCACAUAUGACCACAUCCCUGGCACCAAGCUUGGUGGGACAAUUUUUAAUAGCACCGGACAUCGCUCUACAGCUGCUGAUAUUCUUGUUAAACAUGCCAAUCCGAGAAAACUUACAGUUUUGCUGUAUGCAACUGUUCAACGACUUCUUUUGUCUACCAAAGGAAAAUCAAGGCCAAAAGCGUAUGGGGUUGUUUUCAGAGAUAGAGAUGGAGCUGAGCAUCGAGUCCUGUUGAAGAAAGGUAACAGUGAGGUUAUAAUCUCUGCAGGGGCUCUAGGAAGCCCACAGCUGCUUAUGCUCAGCGGAAUCGGACCUGCAGAAGAAUUGAAGAACAUGGGAAUACGAGUGAUAAUGGACCAGCCUGAAGUUGGGAAGAAUAUGGCCGACAACCCCAUGAAUCCCAUUUUUGUUCCAUCUGCAGUUCCUCUCGAGCUCUCUCUCAUACAAGUAGUAGGUAUCACCAAAUUUGGAUCCUUCAUAGAGGCAUCCAGUGGAUAUGGAUUAUCUUCUGAGAACAUAAUGAAUAAGGGAGGAAUUAUUCUAGAGAAGGUGAGCGGUCCACAUUCCAGGGGUUAUCUGAGAUUGAACAGCACCAAUGCUGGAGACAACCCAGUUGUGAAAUUCAAUUAUUUUGAGCACCCAGUGGAUCUGCAGAGGUGUGUGAAAGGAAUAAGGACCAUUGAAAAGAUCAUAAUAUCCCGUCCUAUGAAACAAUUCAUACCCCCCAAUGUAAACCUGACCCAGAUCAUGAGUGCAACCUUUCAACAUCCUAUAAACUUGAUACCAAGGAAAACAGGGGAUUGGGAUUCAUUAAAACAGUUCUGUAAGGAUAGAGUGACAACAAUUUGGCAUUACCAUGGAGGAUGUCAGGUGGGUAGUGUUGUUGAUGGAGAGUAUAAACUCAUUGGAGCAGAUGGUGUUCGAGUCAUUGAUGGAUCCACAUUUCUUUUCUCUCCAGGAACUAAUCCUCAGGCCACUGUAUUGAUGCUUGGAAGAUACAUGGGAGUGAGGAUCCUGAGAGAACAAUUGGGCAGAUCUACCGAAGUAUAAUUUGCACUACCCAACAUAGAGCGCCUCCUUAAUUUUCUUAUUCAUUUAUGGCAUUCUCUUUACAAAAUGCCUAUGCAACAUCUAGGAAGUACAUUUGGUCGUAUUUAUUAAUUAAUUAAAAAUAGAAAAAUUGUUGUAUUUUAAUUUUCAAUUAAUUAAUAAAUUUGAUCAAAAGUGCAUCAGAGGUGUUGCAUAGAAGUUGCCUUCUCUUUAGGGGUUUGUGGCUAAAGGCAACAUGGUUAUUUGAUAGGCUUACCACUUAAUACUAUAGUGUGCCAAAGUUAUGCUUCUUAGUGGAUGUAUUUUUAGUUCAACUAUUAAUAUAAUUUAUACCUUUAAAGAGCAGUA